AUGUCCUACCCGCAGGGCUACCUCUACCAGGCGCCCGGCUCGCUCGCGCUCUACUCGUGCCCGGCCUACGGCGCGUCGGCCCUGGCGGCGCCGCGCAGCGAGGAGCUGGCGCGCUCGGCGUCGGGCUCCGCGUUCAGCCCGUACCCCGGCUCGGCGGCCUUCCCGGCGCAGGCGGCGCCCGGCUUCGGCAGCCCGCUGCAGUACCCGGCCGACGCGGCGGCCGCCGGCUUCCCGUCCUACAUGGGCGCGCCCUACGACGCGCACUCGGCGGGCAUGACGGGCGCCAUCAGCUACCACCCGUACGGCGGCGCGGCCUACCCCUACCAGCUCAACGACCCCGCGUACCGCAAGAACGCCACGCGCGACGCCACGGCCACGCUCAAGGCCUGGCUGCAGGAGCACCGCAAGAACCCCUACCCCACCAAGGGCGAGAAGAUCAUGCUGGCCAUCAUCACCAAGAUGACCCUCACGCAGGUGUCCACCUGGUUCGCCAACGCGCGCCGGCGCCUCAAGAAGGAGAACAAGAUGACCUGGGCCCCGAGGAACAAAAGCGAGGACGAGGACGAGGACGAGGGCGACCUGGCGCGCGGCAAGGCGGGGAGCCCGGACCGGGCGCGGGAGGGCGCCGAGACCUCCGCGGAGGACGAAGGGAUCAGCCUGCACGUGGACUCGCUCACCGACCACUCGUGCUCCGCGGAGUCGGACGGGCCCGGGGACCCGCGCUGCGAGGCGGGCGAGGCGCGCCGGGGCCACUUCGAGGACCUGGAGGACGCGGAGGCGGGCGAUGCGGAGGCCGAGCCGGACCUGGCGCCGCCCAAGCCGGUCACGUCGUCGCCGCUCGCCGGCGUGGAGGCGCCGCUGCUGAGCCCCGCGCCCGAGCCCGCGCCCCGCGGCGGCGGCCAGGCGGCCCUGGGCAGCCGGACGUCCCCGGGCGCGCCGCCCGCCGGCAAGCCCAAGCUCUGGUCGCUGGCCGAGAUCGCCACGUCGGACCUCAAGCAGCCCGGGCCCGCGCCCGGCCCCGCGCCCGCCGCGCCCGCCGCGCCCGCGCCCGCGCCCGCCGGGGCGCCGCCCGGGGGCUCCGCGUACCCCGCGUCGCCGCUGCUGGGCCGCCCGCUCUACUACGCCGCGCCCUUCUACGGCGGCUACGGCGGCUACGGGAGCCUGGGCGCCGCGCUGCAGGGCCAGGGCCUCCUGCGCUACGGCUCGGCCGCCGCCGCCGGGGACGCGCUGCACGCGGCGCCCAAGGCCGCCAGCGACGCGGGCAAGGCGGGCGCGCCCCCCCUGGAGCCCCGCUACCGCGCGCCCGCGGGCGGCUACGAGCCCAAGAAAGAUGCCGGCGACGGCUGCGCGGCGGGCGGGGGCGUCCAGCCCUACCUAUAG